CUCUUCUGGAUGUCUCUCAAACCUCGAACGUAAAAGAAAAACCAGAAAAUUUUCAAAAAAAAAAAGAGGAACAGUAAAUUGAAAUUCUUCUAUCUCAGUAUGGAUCCGAACACAGCAUUAGAGCUCGUAAAGCAGGGCGUUACACUUCUCCUCCUCGAUGUUCCUCAAUACACUCUCCUCGGCAUCGAUACUCAGAUGUUUUCUGUUGGACCUGCUUUUAAGGGCAUCAAGAUGAUUCCUCCUGCUUCUCAUUUUCUCUGUUAUAGUUCAUCCACCAGAGAUGGCAAGGAUUUCUCACCAGUUAUUGGUUUCUUUAUCGACGCUGCUCCUUCUGAGGAAGAGAGAUAUUGUCAAGCAAUUAAAAGUUUGGAGUUUGACAGACAACUUGGUCCUUACAAUCUAAGCCAGUAUGGAGAUUGGAAGCAUUUAUCAAAUUACAUUACAAAGGGCAUUAUUGAACGGAUUGAACCCAUUGGAGGAGAGAUCACUGUUGCAUGUGAAUCAGGGAUGGUUACGAACACUCCUAAAACAGCAAUGGAGAAAGCAGUAGAUGAGCAGAUGAAGUCUAGUAAGUUCUUAACAUCAGUGGACAAUUCUCAAAGCAGAAGAUGUUACUAUACAUCAAUUCCCUGUGUUAUCAAACAAAAAGGAAUACAUGGGCAAGAACUUACUUCCUUGAAUAUUGACAAGACACAAUUGUUAGAAAGCUUGCUGAUAAAGGAUUAUGGAGGUUCUGAAGAUGUACUUCUUGGAGAGCUGCAAUUUGCAUUUAUUGCAUUUUUGAUGGGACAAUCACUUGAAGGAUUUCUACAGAGGAAAGCUUUGGUUAACCUUCUAUUUGGAUGUAUUGAGGCUCCUUUUCGUACAAGGACUCGACUAUUCACAAAGUUCAGUAAGGUUAUCUACUAUCAACUGAAAUUUGGGCUUGAGAAAGAUCGUACAGAUACCAGUGGUGCAGCAACCGGGCUAUCCGCACUAUUGGAUGAUUCAUGGUUAUCUGUUGAUAGCUUUUUGCACCAUCUUUGCAAGGACUUCUUUUCAUUGAUGCUAGAUGCCUCAUUUGUUGAUGUACAUCUGUUGUUGUGGACGAGGAAACUUAAAGAGCUGUUUGAGAACAAUCUCGGGUGGGAGUUUCAGCUAAACAGUGCAGUUGAUGGAAUAUACUUUGAAGAAGAUGACGAGUUUGCUCCGGUAGUAGAGAUGUUGGAUGACCCAAGUUGUAAUUAACUUCGGCAAUUGAAGAUAGGGAUUGUGGUCCUCCAUCCCAUUACUGUAAACACAUUUCAGUGAUACCUAACUUAGCUUACAAUAUUUCAAUUUCUUGCCAAUUUUUAAGGCAAAUUCUUUUCAGUUUUCACUAGUGUAGAAGAUAUAAAUAUUUUUGUAUAUUAUGAAAAAAAAGACUUGGUAUUUAUAUGUAAGAUGUAAUAGAUUUCUUAGAAUAAUGGUUAUGUUAAAUUCUCUCAUUAGUUAUUAGCUUAA